AUGUCUUCUACAACUAAAAUCAACGACGAUGAUUCUAUCGUUAAUACCAAAAAUGAAUCGAUACAGGUCGACAUGAGAGAAAGCUUGACUACACCGCAUUCAAACCCCUCAAACCCCUUUGCAUUUACACCAGAUCAAUUAUCUGCAUUGCAGGAUCCCAAAAACAUAGACUUACUGCACACUUACGGCGGCCUGAAUGGCGUGGCCAAGGGCUUGCAUGCGGAUGUCCACCACGGCUUAACACCAAAUACAACUGCAGAUAAGCACAUUACACUCAACGACAUUACACUGGAUUCCAGCAAAUUGACAACAACACCCACCGUCAUGUCCACGGACAUCGACCAAGAUCAAGCAUCAGCGCCGCCUCCAAAACGACUCAAGAAAGCUGCUACUUCCCAUUCUAUUAUACCAGACCAAUUUGUUCAACGAUAUUCUAUUUUUGGCAAAAAUGCACUACCACCAGUAAAGGGAAAGAAUAUUUUCCAGUUAAUGUGGAUGGCAUUUAAUGACAAAACACUGAUUCUAUUGGCUGUGGCUGCUGUGGUUUCACUUGCUGUGGGUCUAUAUGAAGAUAUUGCUGUGCCAGAAUACGAUGCUCAAGGCAACAGAAUCGCUGGUGUCAAGUGGGUUGAAGGUGUGGCUAUCAUCGUUGCUAUCUUGAUUGUCGUCUUGGUCGGCAGUGUCAAUGAUUUCCAAAAAGAAAAGCAGUUUCGUAAAUUGAAUGCAAAAAAAGAUGAUCGAGUCGUCAAGGCUACCCGUGAUGGCCAGACAGUGCAAAUCUCGGUGUAUGACAUCCAAGUUGGUGAUGUGCUCUUCUUGGAGCCUGGUGACAUUGUUGCUGCUGAUGGUAUCUUUAUCGAGGGACACAAUGUACGCUGUGAUGAAUCUGCUGCUACGGGUGAAUCUGAUGCUGUCCGCAAGCAGACAUUUGAAGCAUGUUGGAAGCUACACCUGGAAGAUCAGCAAGAACACAAGUCUGCUUCUGAUUUCCUUGCUGUGCCAAACAGCAACCAAGCUGGCUCUUCCAUCUCAUCAAAGACCACGCCUCAGCAUCACAAGUCCAUUCCUGAUCCAUUCAUCAUCUCUGGUUCCAAAGUCUUGGAAGGUGUCUGCACCUACCUCGUAACUGGUGUGGGUGUCAACUCUUAUUAUGGUCGCACAAUGAUGGCUCUGCGUACUGACAACGAAACCACCCCUUUGCAAGAGAAAUUGAACGGCUUAGCCUCCAUGAUUGCCAAGCUGGGCUCUGCUGCUGGUUUGAUCAUGUUGAUUGUCUUGCUGAUUCGUUAUUUCGUCAACUGGAAAUACGACGGUAUUCCAACUGUGCCUACUGAGAUUGUGCAACAAGUCAUGGGCAUCUUGAUUGUGGUUGUUACCAUUGUUGUUGUUGCUGUGCCUGAAGGCCUGCCACUUGCUGUUACGCUAGCCCUUGCUUAUGCCACACAACGUAUGCUCAAGGACAACAACUUGGUCCGUGUCUUGGCUGCUUGUGAGACCAUGGGAAAUGCCACCACUGUUUGCUCUGACAAGACCGGUACAUUGACACAAAACAAAAUGACGAUUGUUGCUGGUACUUUGGGUUCCUCUUUCCGAUUCAUCCAAGACCCUCCUGCCAACCGUGUUGAUCUCAGUGAUAUCACUACUAUUGCUGAAAAGGUGCCUGCUCCCAUUAUUCGCUUGAUCAGCCAAGGUAUCUCUGUCAACUCUACUGCUUUUGAGUCCACUGAUGAGAACGGCGAGAAGCAGUUCGUUGGUAACAAGACUGAAACCGCUUUGCUGCAAUUUGCAAAGAACAUUGGCUCUGACAACUUUGAAACGCUGCGUACUGCCUGGCCUGUGGAGCAAGUAUUCCCCUUCAGUAGUGAACGUAAAGCCAUGGCUACCAUCAUUCGCAUCCCUCAUCCUGUAAAACAAGGUGAAUUCAUCUGGCGUGCUCAUGUCAAAGGCGCUUCUGAAAUCCUGGUUGAAAACUGCAAUCAAAUCUUGACCCUGAAUGCUGCCAAGUACAAGAACCCUGAGCAUGAGUAUGAUGUCAAGACGCGUCCCUUGACAGACGAAGAUCGUAGCAGGGUGGACCGUAUCAUUCAAAGCUAUGCUACGCGCAGUCUGCGUACUAUUGGUAUUGGUUAUCGUGAUUUUGAGUCUUGGCCUCCUGCCAAUGGCCAUGCUAGUAAAGUCGGUUCUGAAGUGGAAGUGCCUUACGAAGACAUCAUUCAAGGCAAGGGCUUGACUCUGAUUGGUAUUGUCGGUAUUGAAGAUCCCCUCCGUCCUGGUGUCAAGGAAGCUGUCAAGGCUUGUCAACGUGCUGGCGUCUUUAUUCGUAUGGUCACUGGUGAUAACGUGGUUACUGCCAAGUCGAUUGCCAAGCAAUGUGGCAUUUAUACCCCCGGCGGUAUCGUCAUGGAAGGCCCUGUAUUCCGUAACUUGCCUCCUAGUGAAAUGGACGCCAUCUUACCUCGCUUGCAAGUGUUGGCUAGAUCCAGUCCUGAAGACAAGCAAAUCUUGGUGGGUCGUCUCCGUGAAUUGGGUGAUAUCGUUGCUGUUACUGGCGAUGGUACCAAUGAUGGCCCUGCUCUCAAGUUGGCUGAUGUCGGUUUCUCUAUGGGUAUUGCUGGUACUGAAGUUGCCAAGGAAGCCUCCAGUAUCAUCUUGAUGGAUGACAACUUUUCCAGUAUUGUCAAGGCUAUCAUGUGGGGUCGCUGUGUUAAUGAUUCGGUCAAAAAGUUCCUGGAAUUCCAAAUCACUGUCAAUAUCACUGCCGUUAUCUUGACAUUUAUCUCUGCUGUGGUUAGUCAUGAUCAAAAGUCUGUCUUGACCGCGGUUCAAUUGCUGUGGGUCAAUUUGAUUAUGGAUACCUUUGCUGCUCUUGCUCUGGCUACUGACCCCCCAACUGAAGAACUGCUUCAACGUGGUCCUGAAUCCCGUUCCUCUCCUUUGAUUACUUUCAAGAUGUGGAAGAUGAUUAUCGGCCAAGCCAUCUUCCAAAUUGUCGUUACCGUUGUCUUGCUCUAUAGUGAUGUGCUUCAUUAUCAACCCGAUGAUCCCAUCUUGCAAACCAUCGUAUUCAACACAUUUGUAUUCUGUCAAAUCUUUAACGAGAUCAAUUGUCGUCGUAUCGAUUCCAAGUUGAACGUGUUCCACAACAUUUUUGCCAACAAGUUCUUCUUGUCCAUCUUCUUCUUGUGUAUCGCUCUUCAAGCCAUCAUUGUCAACUUUGGUGGUGCUGCUUUCCAAGUAACUCAAAUCGAUGGUGUCGCAUGGGCUAUCUCUUUGGUUGUUGGUUUGUUGGCCUUGCCUAUUGGUGUCAUCAUUCGUCUGAUCCCUGAUGAAGUCUUUGGCUUUGUAUUCAUGUUCAACCCUGCUGCUCGUCAAAGAUACUUGGGUGGCAACAACGAGAGUGCAUCUCCUAGUGUCUAUGUUGCUGGUAACGAACGUAUCGCCUGGAACAACAGUGGCUCUGCUUACAACAACAGCACAUCUGUAUCCAACGACAACAAAAACAAGCAACACAUGCAACAAAAGCAAGAAAUUGAAGAGGUGGAAGAAGUUGCUCCUGCUUACACACCUGCAACAUCCAAUGCAGGCAUAAACGAGAAAUUGGCCAAUGAAUCUCAAUCAUUUGAAGAUCAAAAUCAAGAUACUAUUCUCUCUUCAGGUUCUUUGGAUCAAUCUCAACGAAACAACUAA